CAAUAAAUCGUAUCAUUGUGUGCCACGAAAACAAAAAACCUUAACCAAUAAAAUAAAUAAUUUGCAACAAUCAAAGUACAAACAGAAAUAGACACAAAAUUAUAUAUAUUCUCAUAUACUUUAUAUAAAACAAUAAUAAAGCAAUCCAAGUCAGCCCAACGAAUCAUCUCAGCAUACCUAUUUACCUGAAGUACCCCAGUGUACGCCAUAUAUGAUGUUAAAGAGCAAGCGCAUAUAGCAGCCAUAUAUUUUUCAUAUACACAUACAUAGCAAAGAAUGCAAGAAAUCAAGUAUUAUACACCAUUGAAUGUCUAUAGCUUAUUAUAUAUUAGCUCAAUUAUAUUGUUUGUCGCUAAAAAAUAAACCCAUACACAUAUAUAUGUCAUAUUAUAUUGUUAACCACAAACAUACAACAUUUUCACACUGAGACAUUGACAAGUAAGAAGAACAAUUGUACCUCGACUACCCAAAUACCUUAUAUAUAUAUUAAGUCACCAAAAAUACUCAUAAAACAAUAACAAUAAUCUAAUAAACAAACGCGUCGCGUAGCCUAAAAUCGAAAUCGUUACAAAUAAAAAGUGAAACCCUUGCGAAAAACGCAAAAUCAGCCUCAACAUGACAAUGACAGCAGUAUGCUUUGUAUGCAAUCUACCCAUCAUGUCCCAUCAGGUGGGCCUGGUGUGGCAGGGCGGCAACGGUUGGGACGAUCUCGUCCGCGAGCAAUUGGAAGAGUCGACCAUACGUCAACGACUUGGCGGACGUCGCGAUUCAGCCGCACAGAUUGGCACACCACCGAGCACUUCCCCGCCGCCGGGACUUCAGCGUCGGCGUCGCAGCUCUUUAGCGCAACUAACGGACAUACUGCGCGAAUGGAGCGGCGGCGGGCCGUCCAAGGCGCAACAACAACAGCAGCAGCAGCAGCAACAACAACAGGCCGCCGCUGCGGCCGCUCGCAACAAAUCCGCAACAUUGAAUCGUCGCGAAACGCUCGCCGAUUUGGCGCGCAGCCUGCCCUGGCGCACGUCCACCACCGAUUCAGGCAACGCUGCCGGCAAUACAAGCUCAAACACCACAUACGUUACGCCCCGCAAACGUCGCGAGUCAAGCGCCGACUCCGGCAUACGCAGCAUGCGCUCGAGGCGCGACUCAAACACCGCCGAAUUCGUGCGCCACUGGAAUCGACGCGAGAGCACAGUUGAGGAACAAACCAGCACCAUGGUCGUGCCCGUCGUUGUAGAGUACACGGCCACUAAAAGCCCCUCGCGACGCGGUUCCGGCGAGAGUUACUUGUCAAGCAGUCGACGCGACAGCAACGUAGCCGGACGCGUAACGAUAACACCACCACCACCACCCCGCUAUCAAGUGACCAAGAAGCGUGACUCGCUUGCCGCACCAGAGUUUCCAAACUUUCGCCAAGAGCAGCGCCCCUCCACCAGCUCCGCCGGCUCCUGUUCCGACUCUGUGCCACUAAUCUCAACCAGUGCUUAUCACCAUCAGCAGGUCGACUCCGCCUGCCAGGCCCUACCGCCGCCCACCAUCAUCACCAGCUCGGUAACGCCGCCAGCCACAAGCCCCACAGCGCCCAAGGGGCGUCGCGACUCGACCACCCAAUGUGGCCGCGUCAAUCGCCGCGACUCCAAGGCAGGCAUUAGUCCGGAGCGUGCGCCACGUCUACAGCGUCUGCAGCGCCAGGCCACAGCAUUCGACGAGAGUUGCAUACCCGGCGGCGGCGGCAGCGGCCGUCGUGGCUCUCAGCCAGCUCUCAGCCCGGAUCCACCGGACGAUUGCGAGCGUCGCACCUCACGUCGGGACUCACUUUCGCCCGACAGCGCCUCGCGCGGUGGCCGCCGUGAUUCGCGCACUCAUCUCUCACCGGACAGGUCACACGAGCGGGACGGCAGUCCGCGUCGCCACACGCUGCGUCGCCAGAGCAGCUCGGCAGCACGCUCGACACGCUCGCCCGACUCCAACAACAGCUGCGCCAGCUCACGCGAUCCCAGUCCCUGCUCGCGUCCGCCGCCGCUGCCAGUCGUCGAGCAGAAUCAACGACCCGCCAUUCGGCGUCAGUCCACCACCGAGGAGAUUCUCAUUGCGCGCGGCUUUCGACGUCAGUCGACCACCGAGGAAAUGAUUCGCUGCCGUAACUUUCGGCGCCAGAGCUCCCAGAGCGAUGAUGUUUGCCGUUAUCGCGGACGCCGCGACUCGUCGGCACAAAUAAUUGAUGGAACCAUUGGCACCAUGACAGUGGAAACAACCAGCACAUUCUUCGACUCGAGUACCCAAACCGAGCCUUCACCUUUAUAUGAUAAUAAUCACUAUCAUGAGGAAUGUCUGCGUUGCAAUUCUUGUGGUUUAAAUUUGACCGGACCAAAUCAGAAGCGUGCACGUCGUUUUAAGAACCAAAUUUUGUGCGAUCUACAUUUCGCAGACGUUGCGCUAAUGGAGUGCUCGGAUUUUAUGCAGCAACUGCGCAGCUUCAAGCCACAAUCCUUGGGCUGUGCGGUCGCCAGACGCAAAAGCUCAACCACAUUAAUAUUUCCACUGCCGCCGCAAGCAUGUUCAGAUGAAUUCUGCGAGGAGUAUCCGCAUAAUCUAAUGCCCACUCCUGGCUAUUGGAUUGAAUGCUCACGCCAAAAGAUUACACUGCAAACUCCGCACACCAUUUGGGAUGAGAGCGACUCGGAGCACGAGGAUAUACGCGCUGGCAGCGCUAGCGAUGCCUAUUUGGAGCGCGAGUGCAGCGAUCUUUAUGAGGACGAUGAAGAUUCGGAGGCAACGCCCAGUCCACGCAAGAAAACAACCAUUGAGGAGCAAUGGGAUCAGCAGGGUGCAUUCGAGCUCAUCUCAGUGGAGCAAGAGACAUAUGAAAAGUAUUUCUAUGGCACCGAGCACUGGAAUUACUUUACCAGCGAUGAGGACCUGGGCCCCGUUAUACUCUCAAUCAAACAGGAAACGCUCAAUGGGCGUGAUCAGUUUCGCAUUUUGGUGCGCGCCGGUUCCUACACAGUGCAUGGACUAAUACCCGCCAGCUGUGUAUUUGCGGAUAGAUACAAUCGCGAGGAGGUUGUGCGAUCUUUGGGCAAGGAGGUGAACUUGAAUCCACCGCUAACGCUGGGACAGCUACCGGAUACGCCAGAGGAGCUGCUCAAAUUAGAUCAAGUCUUCAUCAAGUCGGAGCUCAAAGUUGGCGUUAUCUUUGUCAAGGAGGAACAAUACACCGAGGAGCAAAUUUUGGACAAUAAUGAAAAUUCAGCGCUUUUCGAUGAGUUUCUAACGCUGCUGGGCGAUCGUGUGCGGCUGCGUGGCUUUGAUAAAUACAAAGGUGGCCUCGAUACAGUGCACGAUCUAACUGGUCUUUUCUCUGUCUACACCAAUUGGCGUAAUAUUGAAAUAAUGUUUCAUGUCUCUACGCUGCUGCCGUAUGAGAAACACGAUCCACAGAAGUUGCAACGCAAGCGUCACAUAGGCAACGAUAUCGUCUGCGUUGUUUUUCUCGAGGCCGAUAAUACGCGUUUCAGUCCCGCCUGCAUCAAAAGUCACUUUUUACACACAUUCAUACUGGUGCGGGUCUCGGCGCGCAUUAAACACAAACCUACGCGCUAUGAAGUGUCCGUCGUUACGCGCGACGAAGUCGGCGCCUAUAAACCCUAUCUAUGGGAACAAUCUGUUUUUGAAAAGGGACCCAUGUUCCGCGAAUGGCUGCUCACCAAAAUUGUCAAUGGAGAGCGCGCAUCUUAUUCAGCACCCAAGUUCGCCCGCAUGCAAGAGCGUACCCGCUCCCAAAUGCUGGAGGACCUGGUAAUGAAUUUGUCUAACCACGCGGAGACUGGACAAAUUCCCAAGCCAUACAGACGCGGCUCAUGGCGACCAAUUGGCCAUAUGCGUCCGUCCUCACCGCUGCUGGAUUCGGUAAGAGAUCAGUUCGAGGACUACGAUCAGCUAGCUAAAGAUUUUACGCGAGUGUUUCUAAACGACGAGCCCUCCUGCCUAACGAAUGCGCAUCUAUUCGAUGUUGUCUUUUUGGUGGGACAGUCAAAGCAAAAGGCUCGACUCAUAGGUGUGCGUGCGAUUUUAGGUGUGCGCAGUCGCGUUUUCCAGGAAAUGCUCUAUGGCAUACAAACUGGAUUUGGGUCACCGCAGAUACCAGUGGCCGAGAUUUUCGCACGUCCUGCGCCCUCAUUGGUCUCGCCCCAAAACCAGAAACCGAAAACAAAUAAUUAUCUAACAGUGCCCGACUCGGACUCCAUACGGCCCAAGAGUGUGCCCUCGUCCCCGAUGGUCAAACGCGCGUUCUCACGCUUGGGCACAAUUACGGCGGGCUGGGGUCGUUCGAUACGGAAUAAGAAUACGAAUCAACUGAAUCCGGAUGAUAAAAAGAAGUGGAUAUCAUCGACAGAUUGUUCGAAUCGCGAUAGCAAGGACAAGGAUAAGGAUAAGCCGGGCAGCAAUCAGCUGGCAGUGCCACGCCUUUCUGUCUGCGCCGACGCCCAAAAAGUAGAUCGCGCCAAGUUGGCCCAAACCGAAUUCAAUAUCAUCGAAUUCGAUCCGGACACGUUUCGUGUGCUGCUCGAUUAUUUGCAUACGGGCACCUGCCCGCUGACCUGUGUCUCCAUUCCAGGUCUACUCUGCGCCGCGGAGCACUAUGAUCUGCCCGAGCUGCUCCAGGCCUGCUUCCAUCACUGCAAACAGUUUCUGCGCAUCGAGGUGGUCUGCCCCAUGCUCAUUUCGCUGGAGAACUACUACUGGCGCUACACAUCCGCCUCGGAGCUGGUCAACAUGAUACUGUCGUUUGUGGAGAGCAAGGCGCACUCGCUGUUCAAGUGCCCCGAGUUUCUGCAUCUGUCCGAGUCCAUGGUGCAGAUGAUAAUGUGCCGCGAGCUGCAGACGCCCGAGAUACGCAAGUUCGAGGCGAUGCUGGCCUGGGCGCAGCACAAGGUGGCCAAGCUGAAGAAUCAUCCCAACAAGGACACGCAGUUCGAGUUCGAGUGCAUUAUGGAGCGACUGACGCGCGACCUGAAUCUGUGUCGCAUCUCGCCCAGCGAGCUGCUCACCGUAGUGCUGCCCUCCAAGUCGAUGAAGAACGAGCGCAUUAUGGAGACGCUCAUGGUGCAGGUGAAUCUGGGCACCUAUCGCAUGCCCGAGCUGGACGCCUAUCGACAGCAGCUGCGUCAGCAGGAGUCCGCCGAGGCCAAUGUGCAGGUCCAUCGGGGUGGAUGAGACAGUAAGAAUGUGAGUUUC